CAGAACUUACACCGCCUCCUCUUCAUCUUAUUUUUUUGCCAUUCACCACGCACUUAAUAACAAAUUAGCACGCGGAGAUCUCCACAUAAACAAUGGAAAUUAAAAAGUCCAAGAAAUCGAAGAACGACAAGAAGUCCAAGGCGCCCAAGGAGUCGUCCGUUUCGCUCAAACUGAACGCCUUGCAUCGCAAGCAAAAGGAAGUCGCCCGCGUGCUCAAUUUAAAACAAGAAAUAUUACUGAAGUCGGCUGUAUCCUAUCUGGAAUAUUAUGAGAUUCGGGCAGAAAUCGAACGACUCAACAGCCUGAAGGAGGCAUUUAUGCGCCGCGCUGAUAAGCUGAAGCAACAGGACAAAUAGUUGAUAAGUUGGGUUGGAUUAGAAACUAUAUAAGAGUAAAGAAAUCUGUAGCUGAUAUAUAUUGGAAUGUUUUGUACAUACAUACAUGUUUUACAUCUACAU